UUGAGUUUCGGGGGAUCCCUGACAAGGUCUUGGCUCGUUUGUUAAACGCCCUGAUCGCUUUUUUUUCUCGGGAGGUAGGGAUUAGAAUAUAUUUCCGGGAGGGGAGGAAACAUAAGAGAGAGAGAAAAAAAAAGUUCAAGCUGGUCUUUUUCUUUCCGAGGUGGUUUGCCAUGACAUUGACGACAAGAUGAGGUUGACGACAGAAUUACAGCUUAUCCUAGCUCUGGCAGCUGAUGUUGUUUUUGGCUGGACCCACGCCAGCGAGGCGAGCUUGAGAAAAGCUCUGCGAUCCAAUGAUUACACGCUGGUAGCUUGUAGGUUGCCAGUUUUUCUGUCAAAAAAAAGUCCCUGCCCUCCGUGGGGAAGCUAUACUAACAUUAUCGUCAACCAAACAAACAGUUGUUGACGUAAGUUGGGAAAUCGAUACCAAAGCUCCACGACAUUGAUCUAGAACUAUUCUAGACUUUGGGCCCAGAACCACAAAACUAACUUCUCCAUCUUUCGCCGCGCGUGGAAUAGUCAACCCACGAUGCGAGCAAAUCGCUAGAGCCGCAAUGGAUCAAAAUACAAACGACAGAACGUGACAACAACGUGGUCAGCUUUGACUGCGGCGCAAAGAGGAAGAUUUGCGACGAGCUCGACGUUGUGUCGUACCCAGCAAUCCGGCUAUACCACCAAGAUGGUAGGAUGGAUAGGUUUAGAGGGCCGAGGACGGCAUCAGAAAUCGUCCCAUUCCUCCGCCGAGCCCUCCGCCCGACGAUCUCGACUCUCACCGACAAAAACAUGACUUCUUUCGUAGGGGUCGACGACGUCGUUUUCGUCGCAUACCUCGAGAAGGGCGACGAAUCCCUCGAGCGCCGCUUCCUCGCGCAGGCCUCUGGGCUUCGGGAUCGAUACUCGUUUGCCAUGGGCCCGCCGCCCGAGCCGGGACUGCGGUCAACCGUGGCCUGCUACAACAACCGCGAGGGGGAUCAGCGCGUGCAUGCAGACUUUGACGGCGUCGGCUCGCUGGAGAGCUUCAUCGAGAUUUGCGCCAUGCCAAGCAUCCACGAGAUGAACAGGCGCAACGAGCUACACCUCAUGCAGUCGGGCAAGAGUAUUGUCAACUACGUCUUCGCCACAGACGAAGACCGCGAGCUCUACGUCGAGACCAUGAGGCAACUGGCCAAGAAGUACACCGACUACCUGGUCUUCACCACGAUCAACGCGGAAGAGUACCCAGACUUUGGGCCCAACCUCGGUCUCGGCGAGGGCACGGGCGUCUCGGUCAUGAACCCGGCCAACGGGGACGUCUUCCCGUACCUCCGAGCGGAGCGCAUCUCUGCGCGCUCCAUCGACGAGUUCCUGAUCGACAUCAUCAACGGCAAGGUCAAGCCGUGGGGCUCGGAGCAGGAGCAGCAGCAGGUCCGCAACGGCGGGUUUCAGGGGCGGGCCGCUGGGUCGGGCAAAGCUGCGUCCUGGACGGCGCAUGGGACAAGGAUGCACGGGGAGCUGUGAAAAGAACAUGUGUAUGUGAUCGGCGGUGUCAGGCUGAGUGGGAGAGAUUACCUGCUGUCAAAAGUGGGCGGAGCAGACCGCGACUCAGCUGCUGUUGGGCCAGAGCUGCCGGGUUCAGCUUGAGACGAGGGGUCUAUUCUCAUAAGCUUCUGUCGCAGAUCAGGGAUAUCGUAGAUAAUGAAUAAUUUCAGGGCGAAUCACAUAACAGCAAGCCUGGGUCAAGUGGGAGACCACCGGCAGAUUCCAGACAAGGGUCAAGAUGGGGAAAAUCACUGAACAAAACACGUCAUGUUGUCCUCUUGACGUCGUCACAAAAUAAUCAGAUAAACGGAAACAGCUUAAUACUUGCUGAAAACUAGGCAUCUGGCGUUG